UAAAAACUCAUUAUAACGGAAGAUGAGAUUCAGUGGAGGCUGGAGCCACUCGGCAUUUACGCACGUUUUUAAUCCUUCAAUACUCGAAAACAUGUCCGAAGAUGGCGCGAUCGUGACGGUUUAGGGUUUGAAGAGUGGACGUAACGCAAGGAGUGAUGGAUGAAAACAGCGGAUCUUCUUCCGCCAUUGGUGACGAGAAGAACAAUUUUUGUUACGAAAUUUCAACGGAUUGGGUCGGGAGAUUGCGAAUUCUCAGGCGGAGGAUGCUCGGUGGCGAUGGACUUUUGGGCUGUUGUUCUCGAACUUAGAACGGAGAUUGUUGAAUUAAAAUUGUGGGGUGGAUGUUCAAAAUAGUAAGAAUGAUGGGGUAAAUUUUAAAUUUUAUAAAACAGAAGCUAAUGAUAUAUAUAACCGGCUUGUCUUACGUUUCCCGGCAAUUUGGUCCUUCUCGCCGCCGGCGUUCGAACCAUGCAAUCUACCCCGAAUUCUCUAGAGAUAUGGAAUCCGCCGACGCUGCCUUCGACAGAGCAUGAACAAGGGACGAACAGGCGGAGUGAUAAAGACAUGGAAGCAACAACGGAACUGAAGGAGAAGAUUUUCGAGAUUUUCAAAGAUUUCAUGACAAGGAUCACAAAGCUUGAGGAACUAGAGAAUGGUGGAAAACGAUUUCUUCUAGGGUUUCAACAAGCACUACGCUUGCUCCAACGCCCUCCUAUUGAUAAUUCAUCCAAGUUGAUGGAGAAUAUUUUGAAGAACAAUGAAACAAGAAGGCUGAAAUCAUAUAUCAAAGCAGGUUGUAUCAAUACCCAUGAUGCUUCACAAAGCACAAAAACAUUGCAUACAUGCAUGUUGGGACUUCAUGACCAUCUAAUCAAAGCCAAAAGCCUAUUAACUGAGCUCGAGUGUCUCGUCGAGGAUGCAUCCCUUGCAAUAGAGACUGCCACUAAAUUUUCCACACAUCUUUGUAACGAAUCGUGCGAUCCGUUACAUCAAGUAACCAAUGAUGAGGAAGAACUGACUGGACCUUAUCCUCAAGAAUCGGAGAUCAGAGAAUAUGGCGUCGUGAUUGCAAUAAUUUACAGUAUGGUGAAGCAAAACUACGUGAUGCAGGAAAAGAUUGUGAAAUCUCUUGGAUUCAAGUCGUCGUCGGGUGAAUUAGAGGGUUACACUCUGAUGUGGUCUUUACGGCCAUUCGUAGAGGAAGAGAUCGUGAACCAAGCAUGGAAAUUUAUGCCCUAAAGCCCUCCCGUACGGGAAUCUCCUGGAUCACAAAGAUUCAGAUAAGCCACCUUUUUUGUACUCUCUGCGGUAAAAAAAUGUGGAGCAUAAGUUACAGGG